UAAUUUCAAAAAAGAAAAAAUAAAAAUAUAGGAGUGAGAGAAUUUAUAAAUUAAUAUAACAAUUUAGGAGUAUCAGAUAUUAAAAUUAAUAAAAUUUAGAAAUGAAAUUAUGUAAUUGGCCGAGAAUCUUUGUACCAUGUAAUCUGUUAUGACAUUUCUUUACUCUUGAGCAAAGGUAAAAAGGUUAAAGAGUAAAUGAUAUAUAAAAAAAAAGACAUAACAUGUUCUGCUGUUUCAGCAUUCAAUUAAGAUCAGCAUCAUCCACAAGUUCAGUCACUGGAAGAAACAACAAUCAUGAAGAACGGAAAUGGCAGCCACAGAAGCAUUUGCCUCCAGAUCUUAGUACUAUUAUCUCUCUUUCUCUUUGGAUACUUUUUAUUCAGUGAACAUGUAAAUUUCAGCUCACUCUCAUUUCCAAGAUUUCAAGAAAAUGGCAAGAAUCAAGAUGAUGGUGAUGAAUUGGUAAAGAAGCAAGAAGAGGCAAGUAUGGAGCUGGUAUCUGUUAUAGAUGAAGUAGAAGAAGAUCAAGAAGUUGUGUUGCCACCUGAAGACUGUGAUAUCUUUACAGGAGAAUGGGUUCUUGAUAACUUGACUCAUCCUCUAUAUAAAGAAGAAGAAUGUGAGUUUCUAGCAGAUUCAGUAACUUGCCUCAGAAAUGGAAGAAUGGAUUCUUUGUAUCAGAACUGGAGAUGGCAGCCUAGAGAUUGUCAUUUGCCCAAGUUCAAAGCAAAAGCUUUGCUGAAUAAGCUGAAAGGAAAGAGGCUCAUGUUUGUUGGAGAUUCACUGCAUCAUCAGCAAUGGCAGUCUAUGGUGUGUCUGGUUCAAUCUGUCAUUCCUCCAAACAAGAAGAGCUUAACAAGCAAUUCAAGCUCUCUCACUGUCUUCAAAAUUGAGGAAUAUGAUGCUACUAUAGAGUUUUAUUGGGCACCAUUUUUAGCGGAGUCAAAUUCAGACAAAUUAGCAAAUAGAAAUGGCCAAUCGGACCGCAUAAUUAUGCCUGAAUCAAUCUCGAAACAUGGAAGUAACUGGAAGGAUGUUGAUUACCUUAUAUUUGAUACAUAUAUUUGGUGGAUGACCUCUAUUUACACCAAAGUAUUACGAGGAUCGUUCGAUGAAGGAGCAACGGAGUAUGAUGAAAUUGAGUUGCCAAUAGCAUAUGAAAGAACUCUGAGGACAUGGGCUAAUUGGGUGGAGCAAAAUGUUGAUCCUAAGCAUACUUCUGUUUUCUUCAGCAGCAUGUCUCCUACUCAUGUCAAGAGUGAAGAUUGGGACAAUCCUGAAGGGAUCAAAUGUGCUAAGGAGACUACCCCAAUAUUAAACAAAACCAAACCAUUGGAAGUUGGCACGAACCACCAGCUCUUUAGGAUUGCAGUGAACGUGACUCGAUCAAUGAAAGUUCCUGUCUACUUCCUCAAUGUAACCACACUGUCCGAAUACCGGAAAGAUGCACAUACCUCCAUAUAUACGGCGGUUGACGGCAAGCUACUCUCUACGGAGCAAAAGUCCGAUCCGGCCAAGUACGCUGAUUGUCUUCAUUGGUGUCUUCCAGGGUUGCCUGAUACAUGGAAUGAGUUACUCUAUACAUAUAUCAUAUCUCGUUCUUGACACUUGGAAUUUUUGUUAUGAUGUUUUAUUUGAUAAUUGAACAUUUUGUGGUGGCAUAUAACCAUGUAUACAAAUUUCAAUUUCAAUGAAGUAGUGAGAAAGUAAAAAUGAAGUAACAAAAAUGUCAAGGGAUUA